AUGGAAGCCGCGUGGGAGAUAGAGGGACGCAUUCUGACGUUCGUGGACACCGGUGAUAGCCAUCGCUCUGGGACGGUUGUUAAAUACGGUGGGAGGAAUAGACAGUGGGGGAAUAUGCUGGCGUUGGAUCUGCUCCAGUUGAAGGUCAAUGAAGGCGAGAACGCAUCUCGGGAUCUCUCUGUGCCUAUGGCAGCCUCUGGAGGUUUAAGGAACUUCAUAAAGACCAUUGCCUGUCUCCCUGAGGGAUACCGUGGACAUCUUCAUGUUGACAUCAAUGAUAUCGACGACACUGUCGUCGCGAGAAAUCUCACAAUGCUGCUUAUUGCGUUCAAUCUCACGCCUGAAAUAGCCAGCAUCAUCAUCCUGCAUCUCUGGUACUCGGCUUUUCUGCCCGAGUUCAUUAUCGACGAAAUCAAGAACAAGAUCCUCCCGAUAGUCCUAGAGUUCCUGAAGACAAUUGUUAAGUACUCUGAACUGCGGCAGGCUAAAUGGCAUCAUAACAAUGCGACACUGAGUGCACAGUUCCAUGUAAAGGUCUGA